AUGGGUCUAGCUGUGAGGGUGAGCCAGUGCCGCAGUGGUCAAGCUGGUAUAGCUCUCGCUCGCACUUCGCCGAGCGCGUCGGGCUUCAGGGGGAAGUUUGUCUGCGGGGUUUCAACAGAGGCGCGCGCGCUUCACAGAGCUUUAAAGGCACAGAUGCUCAGCAGCCCGUCGUCUGAAAGCAUGCUGUUGUCCUGCAGCGGACCGGAGGGGACGGUGCGGGCCCACCAGGUGGCUCUGCCUGAGGACGAGAGUCAAGAGCAUGUUUAUAGGAGCCCAGUGGAGCACUUCACCUCAGAAGCGGAGAGACCGAAGGAACAAACCUUCUUUGUGUCGGCGUUUGUGAUUUGUCACUGGAUCUUUCUGGAGGAAUCAGUUCAACCAUUUCCUCCUCCUGUGGAACCAAGUACCUGCCUGUCAGCUCCACCGUUCCCCCCCCCCAUCUCCACUCCGCUCAAUCAGACCUCUAGCGCUCGAUCGCCACCUUCCUCGCACUCGCCUCAGGAAGCAUCAUCACCAUUCUCCAACACAGGACCCCUGGGCACCUUUCCCCGACGCUUCUCCAAAUCCAUUCGAAAGCGCCACAGAUUGCGUGACACUAACCACUCCCUGAAACAUCAAGGAAACCUGUUGAUAGUCUGUUCUUUUGAAAGAAAAUAA